UCCCCCGGCCGCUGGCUCGCUCGGCUCGCAACGCUGCAGAGGCUCCGAGGCGGCGGCGGCGCGGCGACUCCCUCUUUCCCUCCCUCCUUCUCCGUCCGUCCGUGCGUCUGUCCGUUCGGCCUCGGUCCGGCCCGCAGCAUGGCCGGCGUCAGCUUCAGCGGCCACCGCCUGGAGCUGCUGGCGGCGUACGAGGAGGUGAUUCGGGAGGAGAGCGCGGCCGACUGGGCUCUGUACACAUACGAGGAUGGCUCAGAUGACCUCAAGCUUGCGGCGUCAGGAGAUGGGGGCUUGCAGGAGCUCUCUGGCCACUUUGAGAACCAGAAGGUGAUGUAUGGCUUCUGCAGCGUCAAGGACUCCCAGGCUGCUCUGCCGAAAUACGUGCUCAUCAACUGGGUUGGCGAAGAUGUGCCUGAUGCCCGCAAAUGUGCUUGUGCCAGCCACGUGGCUAAGGUGGCCGAGUUCUUCCAGGGCGUCGAUGUGAUCGUGAACGCCAGCAGUGUGGAAGACAUAGAUGCGGGCGCCAUUGGGCAGCGGCUCUCCAAUGGGCUGGCACGGCUUUCCAGCCCCGUGCUGCACCGACUGCGGCUGCGUGAGGAUGAGAACGCCGAGCCGGUGGGCACCACCUAUCAGAAGACCGACGCAGCUGUGGAGAUGAAGCGGAUUAACCGCGAGCAGUUCUGGGAGCAGGCCAAGAAGGAGGAAGAGCUGAGGAAGGAGGAGGAGCGGAAGAAGGCUCUGGAUGAGAGACUCCGGUUUGAGCAAGAGCGGAUGGAGCAGGAGCGGCAGGAGCAGGAGGAGCGGGAGCGGCGCUACCGGGAGCGGGAGCAGCAGAUUGAGGAGCACAGGAGGAAACAACAGACUUUAGAAGCAGAGGAGGCCAAGAGGCGGUUGAAGGAGCAGUCUAUCUUUGGUGACCAGCGGGAUGAGGAGGAAGAGACCCAGAUGAAGAAGUCAGAAUCGGAGGUAGAGGAGGCAGCAGCCAUUAUUGCCCAGCGACCUGAUAACCCACGGGAGUUCUUUAAGCAGCAGGAAAGAGUCGCAUCGGCCUCCGCAGGCAGCUGUGAUGUGCCCUCACCCUUCAACCACCGACCAGGCAGCCACCUGGACAGCCACCGGAGGAUGGUGCCUACCCCCAUCCCUGCCCGGAGCCCAUCUGACUCCAGCACGGCCUCUACCCCUGUCACUGAGCAGAUCGAGCGGGCCCUGGAUGAGGUCACGUCCUCGCAGCCUCCACCACCGCCACCACCCCCGCCAGCAGCCCAAGAGACCCAGGAGCCCAGCCCCGGCCUGGAUAGUGAAGAGACCAGCAAGGAAGCCAGAGCAGCAGACCCUCAGACCUGGGCCAGCCCCCUGGAGGAGUCCCCUCAGGCACCGGAGCCUCCCCAGGGCCAAGGCAGCCCCACGGAGGACUUGAUGUUCCUGGCGUCUGCAGAGCAGGCAGUCCUGGCUGCCUCUCUAGAACCUACCAUGGCUGGAGCCUCUGCAGCUGACACCCCAGCAGCUGAUGCCAUUGACACCGACACUGCCGCUGCCGACACCCGUGCUGCCAACGCCGUCACCCCUGCCACUGCCAGCCUCAUUGACCUAUGGCCUGGCAAUGGGGAAGGGGCCUCCGUACCCCAGGCUGAGCCUAGGGCCCCCACACCACCCUCAGGUGCCGAAGUCACUCUGGCAGAAGUGCCCCUGCUGGACGAGGUGGCUCAGGAGCCGCUGCCGCCGGCAGGUGAAGGCAGUGCCAACCUUCUCAAUUUUGAUGAGCUGCCUGAGCCACCAGCCACCUUCUGUGACCCAGGGGAGGAAGUAGAAGGGGAGCCCCUGGCUGCCCCCCAGGCUCCAACUCUGCCCUCGGCUCUAGAGGAGCUGGAUCAGGAGCCGGAGCCGGAGCUGGAGCCAGAGCCCCAGCUGCUGACCAAUGGCGAGACCACCCAGAAGGAGGGGACCCAGGCCAGUGAGGGGUAUUUCAGCCAAUCACAGGAGGAGGAGUUUGCCCAAUCGGAAGAGCUGUGUGCAAAGGCUCCGCCUCCUGUGUUCUACAACAAGCCUCCAGAAAUCGACAUCACCUGCUGGGAUGCAGACCCGGUACCGGAAGAGGAGGAGGGCUUCGAGGGUGGAGACUAGCGGUGAUGCUUGCCCUCAGGCUGCCCUCGCCAAGGCCGCCCACCUGCGCCGGCCUCUGGCCAGACGGCCCGCAGUGCCUGCACUUGCAGCAGCUCCGCCUGGCACCCACUCUGGAUUCCGGCCCUGGCCGGGGACUUGGCCGCUUCCCUACCCACAGGGCCCUACUUUUACAGCUUUUCUCUCUUUUUUAAAGUUGAUAGGAGACUUGUACAGUUGACUGGUUUUCCUCCCGUUGGUAGUUGAGAUGCUGUUGCAAAUUCCACCCCCUUCCCACCCGGCCCAGAUUGUAGCUCUUAGUCCUCCCUGCUCACUCAGCUGGCCGGGGUGGAGGCCUCACCCUGCUUGGGGCCUGGCGUGGGGGGAAGUUCUGGUGGGGAAAUGUUCCCCCCACCUCUUUUCCUAGUUUUCUGUUUCUUGGAAAAAUAUCACUUUGUAUUCUCUGUCCAGGGCUUCAGAUAUUUUGCACGAAUUUUAAAACAUGGCAAUAAAUGGCUCGUGGGCUCUGGCUCCCUGGGACCCGCCCCCUCCCCCCUUCUCUCGACCCCUCCCCACCUGGCCCGAAGGAAGUAGCAGGCCCAGCUGGGGCCUCUGAGCUUCCUGGCCCUUUCCUGCCCCCUCCUGCUGGGCAGGUCCCAGGCUGGAGGCCCUAGGCGUGAUUCAGGUCAGGGCUAUGGGUGGCCCCUUUCCAUCUCCUCCCUCUUUGCUUGGGUUCCUUUUUCACGUUCCGUAACUGUUUUUUGGAAAGCACAAACUUCUGUAACAGGUCGUGCUCAUGUCUGUUAAUAAAGAAAUCCAGAUCCCUCCGGG